UAAAUUCCUUUGGAGCUUUGCUUUUUUGAGAACAUCACUUCACUCUAGCAGGGUACAGUAAUCAAGGGCAAAGCAUUAUGAUGGACCUUUUUGAAACAAAUUCCUAUUUCUUUUAUUUAGAAGGGGAUAAUGGUGGCUUUCAUCAGCUGGAAAUGUCAGAUGGAUCGCCCUUGUACCCUGGUAGUGAAGGCACAAUGUCCCCUUGCCACGAUCCAUUGCCUGCAGAUGGUGGAAGUGACAGCAGUGGAGAAGAACAUGUAUUGGCCCCACCUGGUCUCCAGACCCACUGUCCUGGUCAAUGCUUGAUGUGGGCCUGUAAGACAUGCAAAAGAAAAUCAGCCCCAACAGAUAGACGAAAAGCUGCAACUCUGAGGGAAAGAAGGAGGUUAAAGAAAAUUAAUGAAGCAUUUGAAGCACUCAAAAGAAGGACUGUAGCCAACCCAAACCAGAGACUCCCUAAGGUUGAAAUUUUACGCAGUGCUAUUAGUUAUAUAGAGAGGCUGCAAGACCUCCUGCAGAGACUAGAUCAGCAGGACAAACCCCAGAAACCAGAAGAGUCAUUCAAUUGCAGAUCCAAUGAAGCCAAUGUCCAGAAUGAAGAGUUCCUAAGCAUCUGCCACUCAGACUGGGAAGAUAUUCCUGAUCAUUCCCGAAUGCCUGAGUUGAACAUAAAAGAAGAAGGAGCCAUUCCUGAGACUUCUGCAUCCAGCAGCCUGCAAUGUCUCUCUUCUAUAGUGGAUAGCAUUUCCUCAGAGGAGCCAAAACUCUCGAGUAACAUUCAGGACCUAGUAGAAAACUAACAUAAAUUUAUUUUAAAUGCAUUACAAGCCCAGGAACUUACAAACCAUAAAAGACAGUCAGUGGGGCAAUAUGCUGAAAUUUCUGCAACGUUAUGGAUGGUUGUUUUGAUAAAAAGAAAUCUAUUUCACAAAUUCUAUCAAAUAAUCUUAAAGGAUUAAAUCCAACAGUUUAAUAACAUUCAACACAAAGUCAUUCCUGAUUAUUCACAGCGUCAUUUUCUUUAUAGGCCCUUCAUGUAAAUAGUAUAUUUAUUUAAUAGAAGCGAUUGAUUUAUAAAAAGAAAAAAUGUACAUAAGAUUCUAAUGGAUAAUAUAAUGCCAAAUAAAACCAUUUAUGUUAGAAAAGA